AUGAGUAUAGUACUCCUGCAUUUGGGCGAGAGUAAACUGUACUUGGCUGGCUGGGAUUUGAUGGACGCCCUGCAGGACGCGGAACUCCAACUCCUGCGUCUCGUGGCUACUCUGCAGCAGAAACUCCUGGUCGGAAAGGAUUUCCCUGCCGGGGACUGCCGUAGCUCUGCUGCUUCAGUUCACAAAGUCCUAACUAACAUCGAGAGACUCCAAGACAAGCUUCGAGACUGCGCGCACCUGAUUGCAGCUCGAGCUACCGAACCGAAUGAAAACCGCCACGAAAAUGCAUCGACAGUUGGUGCUGGAGAAAACGCUGGUUCCGAUACUGACACUGAAGAUGAAGAAGACCUACCUUGUCACCAAGAUACUGCAAUUUGCGACCAGUUGAAGUCCAAAACGAGCUCGAUGGAGACUGCAGACGAAGGCGAUGACAAUGAGCCCGGCCUCCGACCAAACCAACAAGAUGAACUCAAAAUUACCAUCGCAAAAUACGCCCAGAGUGCUGCGUGUGUUGCUGCAAUGGACGAACAUGCAAACGACGUGGUAUCCAGCUUUGAACGGAGCUCUGGUGUGGCGAUGACUGCAUUUGUCAGGUUCAUCAAGGAAGGCGGGGUGCCCAGUGAGGAGACUGCGGCAUCUUUCCGCGAUGCAACGGUCUUGCUGCCGGGCGUCGUGUCAAGGUUGCACACACAGAAAUGUUGGGGGAUCCAGUGGUUAACGAGGACAAUUGCGAACAUUGAGUGUGUGUUCAAUCUUGCUAAAGACAACCAAGACCUGCCUCGGUCUCUGGUCGAUCCCCAAUUGGAAGCUACCAGCUCUGCAUUGAGUGAACUCAAGAAAGGCUUCUACCCGGGUCGUUUCCAGCGGAUGGAGAAUAUCAUUCAUGCCACGAAGUCCAAUCCAGAAGCAUUAAAACCGCAUCACAUCGCAGAUGCGCUCAACUUGCUACUGAUCAAUUAUCAACGGGCAUUUAGAGAGUAUUCUCAACAGCAGAGAACGGGCAAGUACACUCCUUGGACGGAAAAGCAGUGGUGGCGCUUUGCUACCAUCAGCGAGAUGCUGGGGCGAUGGAUUCACCGGGCUGGGCGAGCCUCACCGAAGCCAAAGCUCCGUGGGAUUUUUUGCAAUUUUGACAAGCAGCUGGGCGGGUUUGCUAACAACUGUCCCGGACGUGUUCCUCCCUCACUCCUCGAGUACGUAACAUUGCAUAUCCGCACGGAGUGUUUAUUUCGCCAACGCUAA